AUGACAGCUGAACCUUCCCUGGUCAAUGCGGAGCGUCUUAGGGAACUACGUGGAGCUGUUCACACAUUUCUACAAGAGUCAAGUGUUUAUUCUAAAAUUCGUGAUAUAGUGGACUCUUAUGUCGCUGAAAAUCCAGGUGACUCUUUAGAUCCAACUUCUUCUGCAGAUGUAAUGAAGAUCAUUCGAGAAAAAGGAGUGGUUCAGGAUCUAUUAGAUCGGCUACACGGCGAGAAAUAUUUGAGUGACGCGCGGACUUCAAAUGCAGCCCAUGCGUGGAAUUUUAUCCCAGGCGAAUAUUAUCUUCAUCUUCGACUGGCCGGUGGAAAAGCAUUUGUUGAAAACUUAGACCUUACCCCAAGUUUCGCUAAAGACUAUUUGAUGUAUGUGGCAGUACACUUUGGAUCCCAACGAUAUCGAUCUACGUCGGAGAAAGUAUCUGUGGACCCUCCUUUUAGGGACGAAUUUCUUAUAGAUCUUGAUUACAAAUCGUUUGGUUCCUGUGCCGCCGAUUUGAUAGAGAUUUCAACUCCUCUUCAUAUAGCUGUUUUUAGAGAGGAACGCCUUUUAACGCAUGCCAAGAUGCUUGGCGAAAAUGUUGUUGACUGGAGAAGAGUUUUGCGCACAGGUUACCUUGGUUUAACAGUUGAACUUUGUGGAGAUAACCCGGGUAUUCCUGCUGGUAUAUUAGAGUUGCAGCUGGAGCUAUUGCCUAAUAAGGCCCCUCGGUUCUCAGAAGAAAAUGUUGCGUCUAGAAUAGAUUUACAGAGAACUGCUAUUACUUCGGCUGAUCGUGAAUUUCUUUUGUACGCACGUCGUUGGUGGAUGGAGUUUCAAGAGAUUCGACCUAUUCACAAACAACGAAAAGUAAAGGUCUUUGCCUCUACUUCCAAUGGAAGAAUGGUACCAACAACUCAUUUUGUCUCUGUACUUCGUCCGGAGAAGGGAAUUGACACCCCUUUUGAAGCAGCAAGGUUUGUUUCUCUUAUCACCGUAACAGACGAGGAUGAGUUAACCCAAGAAGUUCUUCUUGGUGGUCUAGGAAAUAGUAGUCCAACAAAUUGUUGGCUUUCAAUGUUUACUUUUCUAUCUCAAAGGCGAGGUGAACCUUGUAAUCACGCGGCACUUCUCUGCUCCUUAUUACUUGGAUUUGGAUUAGACGCUUACUGUGCUGUUGGAACGAAUAAAAAAGGCAAGACAACGAUGCUUGUGGUGUCUCGUAAGCGUCUCAGUGCUGGUGUUUUUGACGUGAUGCUUUGGGAACCCACAACCGGAAAUCGCUUUACAUUGACGGACGCGCAUCAAUUGGAAACUCUGGGUUCUGUGUUCAAUCACCGGUCUUUUUACGCAAAUAUCCAGCCUUCAGAUGUUGUUACUACAAUUUCUUUUGAUUUUGACAAUGAGGAGUUAUGGAAACAGUUAAACUCUCUAAAGCUUCGUAUGGUUCCUAAAUAUCCCAAUCCUUCGCUCCUAUGGAUUCCAACUGACCCAAAAGCGCUUGAAGAAGAACUUUUAACGUCAUUAUUAAAGGAGUUGACGGAAUAUCGUGAUAUACGCGGGGUUAUUACACGUUUUGACGAGACUCUUGCCUAUGUACUCCGGCAAGUUCUUUGCGCCUAUGAGGGUCAUCGACGCAAUGGUGCUCCAGAAGAUUUGUCACUUUUUGAAAAUUGCGUAAAGGGUGUCAUUGGGGAGGGGAAAACAUUUAAAGGUGUCCCAGUGAAUGUAACACAUUUGAACAGCCGUAAGAUACUUGCAGCUUUUGAAGGUAGUCCUUCUGGAAAGGAUAUUCUAGAGUUAACAGCUGAUAGUCUUAAUUUAGCUGUUCAGGUGAAAAUAUAUUCUUUUCCUGAAGGUGUACUCUCUGUUUGGGUGAUAUUGGCCGCAGCUUAUGCGUCUUCUCCUUCUGCUUGA